AUGUCGUCGAUAAGUUCCUUCUCAUCUUCCUCUGCUUCAAUGUCACCCCCUCCAAACCCUCGCCGAACUUUAAAAACCCCCGUUUCGACCAAGCCUUCACACGACGGGCCUUCCUCUGCAUCCCAGCGACCAUUUCGGUCGAAACCCAUCAAAACCACCACAAACCCAAAAUCCUCUAAAACCCACCAAAAAUCCAAAACUACCGCAAAACCUAAACCCAAAACUCCCACUAAACCAAGGCAGCAACGCCCUUCUUUCUCCGCAGCUGCCAAGAAACCCUACAUAAAGCCUGCCCCACCACCGUCCAUUCCAAAUAUUACGUCGGUGGGUGUGAUGCAUGACCCUAUUCCUGCUCAUCUCCACAACGCACCAUCGCCCGUAGUGCGUACACUUCCUCCAUUAUCCAUCCAACCCUUAGCCACCAUUCACCUCAUUGAAGCAGAAGGAGCUAGCCAACCUCUUCCGCCGCGUUCACCCAUUAUCAUUUCAUCUCCUGGAUCGCCGCAUACCCCAUCUGGCACCCUACCAAUCACUCCCUCCAGGCCCAGCUCUGAUAGUCCUGCGUCAGAACGAAACAUCGUGGAACUUGCGGAAUUAGCUCAGAGAGACGUGCUAGAAGUUUUCGGAGCGAUCUUGGCAAGUUUGAAUCAAGGCCAAGAAGAAGAGGAACAAGUGAUGCAUCCUGACCCAACCAACACAUCACUUGAAAGCGAUGAAGUGGAACGCUACGCGAUGAUGCUUGAAGUAUAG